AUGUCCCGGAUGGAACUCGAAUUACAAACCGAUUCCUUCGUUCUGGAUGGUCCGUUAGCCACCGGGGGUCCUGCUAUGAAAAUGGCGGCUAAACGAUACAGACCCGGCUGCAGCUGCGAGCGGGGGUUCACACUCCUCCUUGCCCAUGGGUCUGGCUUCCACAAGGAAUUGUGGGAGCCCACUUUGAACGCCUUAUUCCGACUCCAGAACCACGACCCAUCUUCUCACGUAAUUCGAGAAGUUUGGGCAUUCGACUGGCAAGCCCAUGGGGACUCAGCGAUCCUGAAUGCAGAUGAGCUAAAACAUAGAGAGGAGGCGAUUACUCUCGCGGACUGGGCGAUGGCCAUUGUCACCUUUCUCAAAACACCCCAUGUCAGUGGACACCGCUUGAUUGCGAUUGGACAUUCUGCUGGAUCGUCAACAUUCAUGUAUACGACUAAGUUGCUGGAGCCAGGGGUCGUCCCGUACCUUGGAAUUAUCCUCGUCGAACCUCCGCUUAUCGACAAGGAGACCUUCUAUGCUCAUCUCGAGCGGCAAAAGAAGGCCUUGCGCAUAGCGAGGAAAGCAGUCUCCGCUCGUCGAGAUGUCUGGCCGAGUAGAGAGGAUGCAUUUCAAUGGUUCAGCAAGCGUUUCCCUUGGAACACUUGGGACGCGCGAGUCUUGCAACUGUUCUGUUCGUUUGGACUGCGUCCAGCAUCCGACGACUCUGCUCCAGGAGCAGUAGUAACGAAGUGUGCUAAAUCGGAGGAGGCCAAGAACUACGACGACGUCGAACAUACGUUCGAGGCCACGGAACAGAUCGAGAAAGUCUGCCAUGAUAUCCCGAUUCAUGUGGUCUUUGGCGAGAUCCUCGACUUGACGCACGUAUUCAGCGUCCCCACAUCAUCUCCGUACCUAACUCAUGCGUUGUGUCCUCCACAUAGGCCUAGCUACGGACAGGCGUCUAUGAUAGAUAAGUCGAAGGGGAGAGACGUCGCAUCAGUCGUCCGUAUUCCCGGCGCAGGUCAUAUGAUCGUUCAGCAAAAGCCGGAGGAACUUGCAUCUGUCCUGAUAAACAUAUUGCACGGAUUGCGUGCGCGCGUCUCCAAGCUGUAG